AUGGAGUCGGCGCUGAACGGGCUGGCCGCGCAGGCCAAAACGUCGACGCUCAGGGAGACGGUGGCCAUGGCAAGAGAGGCCCUGGCGAACAUGAAGACGAAGGGAGACACACCGGUGGUAUAUGUCAGGGAGAAGCUGCUGUCGGCAUUCGAAUUGGCAUUGGAAGUCGGGUCCGAGAAGGCACAGCAGCAUUCGAUUGAGGGAAUACAGUGUUUAAUCCGCGAUCGCCGAUUCCACUCCAGUCAACAGGAGAAUCCGGAAGACGGGCUGCCGGCUCAGUUGCUGAACUCAUUGAACGCGAUCGCCCACUUUGGCCACCAAGUGCAAUGCCAUUGUCUUACGGUGAUCGUCGAGUUGAUCUGCAGCGUCGAGCUGAAGAUUACGGUAUUGGAGCUGCAGACGGCGCUUGAGUUGUGCAUGCGUGCCUUCGGCGCGUCUCGCGAGGAAUCGGCGCGUAUGUCCGCCCGUGCGGCCAUCUCACAGAGUAUCGCCUCGUACUGCUCCAAUCGCUAUAAUCGAUGUGAAACUCCGCAAGACUACCUUACCGUAUACCUCGACGCGACGGCCCUUUUGGAGGGAUAUGUGGCGAAGCUGGAUAGUUUAUCCAUCGGAUCCGAGCAGUCAUUGGUGUUAUUCGACGCGACAAAUGCGUUACUAUCUGCACAGCCAUUGUCGAUUGAAGCACAUCGACCAUUUGUCAAUUUAUUAUGGGAGAAGCUGUGUCCACUGAUGAUCCGUCUCCUCGGAGUCCCAGAUCGUGCUCGCGGCUCCCCAAUUCCUCCGGAUCGCUCGUCCUCAACCGGAAGCACCGAUACAGAACCGCUUGGCCAAGGACAGAUUGCCAGAUUCGCCCUCAGCCCAGCGGCCAUGGCCAACCCUGAAGCGACGCGAGCACUGUAUUUAAUCGUGGAGCAGUUGAUGCGGCUGAUGUGUGGGCACGCGGAUCUGCAUUCAAUGCUCGAAGCCCUCGUCCACAAGGCUCUCCUCUUUCCCGUCGUUGAACAUCGACUCGAGGCCGUUCGCCUCUGCAGAAAGAUGCUGGGCGACCCGAGGCGGCUGGCGGACGUGAUCCGGGCCGCAACAGAGAGGGGUGGAGAUCUGUCGCUGUGGCGGAUGGCCGUCGUUUGUCUGCAAGAAUCGGCCGAUCCGAAUGGACCACUGGCCCUCGAUGCCGUUAGGGCGUGUGCGCAUAUGCUGCAAGGCCUCAUCGAGCUGUGUGAUCGUGACGUUCUCGCUGAACAGAGUCGCGGCUGGCUGGUCGACAAUUUCGGCUCGCUGCAACAUGUCAACGCCCAGGGGUUCCUGCCCCGGCAAUCCAGCGACGGGCCAGCGCCGGCAAACCUUGAGCUACGCACGGAAACUGUGGACGCAGAGGAGCCGGAUACGGGUGAAGCGGCAACAGCAGCCCGUUUCGUGACAGCCCUCCUCGAUACCGUACCCGCCUGGGAGGAAAAGGGGACGUUGGCGCAGGAUGAGCGACUUCUCCACUUUGCCACCACAUUCCAUGCAGAUUUCUCGGCAGCCCACGCGGACCUGUUCAAGCGGAAGUGCUUGCCUCUCUUCCGCGAUUGGGUACUCGGUACAGGUUGUGAAGUGUACGCGAGUGAGACGUGGCUGAAGCAAGUCUACGAUCUGGCAUCCAGCCGACAAUCUCCCGAAAUGCCGACAAUUAUCGUGGACCUGAUUAAAGACUUUGACGGCUUCGAUCGGGGUCUUUUGAGCGAAGUGGCCAGGCUGAAGCGGAUCCAGAAUGGCCCACCGGUUGAUGAGGGACAUCGUGAAGAAAAGAUGGCGGCUCGGUGGUUGUUGUGCUCGAGUUGGGAGAGUAUCGUCUGUAUUCUGAAUACGUUCCUGGGGAUGAAGGAAAAGCGUUCCCGUCUGCGCCACCGUCUCCUCGAAGGCCUCGAGCAUUCGAUUUCCGGAAUGCAGCGUCUAGCCACAGUCUCAAUGCGCCUUGGCCUGGGCGAAAGAUGUGGCUGGAUAUUUGAGGGACUGGUGGAGGCGUCCUGUGAUGUCGACUCGUUGAGGGCGGCCGCCUGCCAGGAGGAGUUCAAGAGGCUGUCGGUAGUAUCUCGUAUCGAUCUGCUAUCGAUGCAGCUCGUGUUGGACAACGCUUUCGUGGCAAAUGAGGCGCCGGAAUGUUGGAAACAUGUGAUACGCUGUACGGAGUACGUCUGGGAGCUGGAGAAGUUCAUCUACGGCGCGCUGUGCUACGACAAGCCGACGCCCGGAAGGGGGGAGGGCUUGGCGGCCGCUGAGCGUUCAGUGGAAUCAGUGCUCGGAUCGGGUGACCUUGAUCGUGACGGUCUGAACAAGGCCCUCGCCGUCCUCAUUGCCAAGACGGAUGCCUUUUAUGGAAGAGUGGGGAAGGAGCUGUCGCUGAGUGCCUUGAGGCAUCUAUUAACGGCUCUCGUGUCGGCUUCACUCGCUAGAACAUUGUAUCCAUCAAUGGCACAGGUUGGUGGGGAUUGCAUGGCG